AUGGAGGUUGUUGGCAUGAAAAAGGAGAAUAUGAGAUUUGAAGAAACUGAGCUGAGACUUGGAAUUGGAUCAGCCAUAGUUUCUGAAGAAGUUGUAAGGAAGAGAGGAUUUUCUGAGACUGAAACUGAUCAUCAUGAUGAUGAGAAAACUACCAUGGAUUUGAUGCUUAAUCUUUCCUCUAAGGAAGCUGGUGCUGAGGUAGAUCCAAAUCAUAAGAGCACCAAGACUUUGCCAAGGGACAAGACUCUUUUGCUUGCAGAUCCCGCUAAGCCUCCUACAAAGAUGCAAGUGGUAGGUUGGCCACCUGUGAGGUCAUUUAGGAAGAACAUAUUAGCAACACAAAAGAGUGAAGAAAGUGGCAAUCCAAAUUCCAUUGCAAUAAGCUUUGUGAAAGUUAGCAUGGAUGGAGCACCUUACCUCCGCAAAGUAGACUUGAAGAUGUACAAAAAUUACUCACAGCUUUCAGAUUCCUUAGGCAAAAUGUUCAGCUCCUUCACCAUUGGAAACUGUGAAUCUCAAGGAAUGAAGGAUUUUAUGAAUGAGAGUAAGUUGAUGGAUCUUCUAAACAACUCUGAUUAUGUCCCAACCUAUGAAGACAAGGAUGGUGACUGGAUGCUUGUCGGUGAUGUUCCAUGGGAGAUGUUUGUUGAAUCAUGCAAACGUCUGCGUAUCAUGAAAGGAAAGGAGGCUAUUGGUAUUGCACCGAGAGCUAUGGAGAAAUGCAAAAACAGGAGCUAUGGAGAAUAA